CUUAUAUAUAUAAGCUAAGUCCCUGUGUUUCUAGCUAGCUGGAGAAGAGCAGAGAGAGAAAAUGGGGAAGAGCAAGGUUCUGGUGGUUGGAGGCACAGGGUACAUGGGAAGGAGAAUGGUGAGGGCGAGUCUUGCGGAAGGCCAUGAGACUUAUGUUCUUCAACGUCCUGAGAUUGGACUUGAUAUUGACAAGGUUCAGAUGCUCUUGUCCUUCAAGAAGCAAGGUGCUCGUCUCCUUCAGGCCUCCUUCUCCGAUCACCGGAGCCUCGUCGACGCUGUCAAGAAGGUCGACGUUGUCAUCUGCACCAUGUCCGGCGUUCACUUCCGGAGCCACAACUUGUUGGUGCAGCUCAAGCUUGUCGAGGCCAUCAAAGAUGCCGGCAACGUUAAGAGAUUUUUGCCGUCAGAAUUUGGGAUGGACCCAGCACGCAUGGGAAACGCAUUAGAACCAGGAAGGGUGACGUUUGACGAGAAAAUGGAAGUAAGAAAAGCCAUACAGGAAGCCAACAUCCCUUUCACCUACGUCUCCGCCAACUGCUUCGCUGGUUACUUCGCCGGAAACCUCUCUCAGAUGGGCACUCUCCUCCCUCCCAGAGACAAGGUCACCCUCUACGGAGAUGGCAACGUUAAAGUUGUUUAUGUGGACGAAGAUGAUGUGGCGACAUACACGGUGAAAACAAUCGACGAUCCUCGAACAUUGAACAAGACAGUGUAUCUAAGGCCACCAGACAACAUUUUGUCUCAACGAGAGCUGAUUGAGAAAUGGGAGAAACUGUCGGGAAGGCAACUUGACAAGUUUAGCUUAUCGGAACACGACCUUCUCUCCUCCAUGAAAGAUUUGGACUUGGCAGGGCAAGUGGGAGUGGGGCAUUUCUACCAUAUAUUCUAUGAAGGAUGUUUGACAAACUUUGAGAUCGGAGAACAUGAAGAAGAAGCAUCGCGGCUUUAUCCGGAGGUGAACUACACGCGCAUGGACGAAUACCUGAAGAUAUAUCUAUAGCCUUGCCCUUCUAUAAUAAUUAAGCAUUUGAUUUCAUUUAAGUGAGUUGAUUGGUUUUUUGUAAUCAUGUUUGAGUUAACGUGGUCGUGCGUCAUUCACUUCAUGAUGCUCUGCCCACUUUCCUGGCCCCGUGCGUGCGCUUUGUUUGGAUCCUUUUUUUUUUUUUGGUAAUCAGUUUGUUUGGAUUUCCCCCAGUUGAUUGUAUUUUAAUUAGUUUAUCUCAACCUUUGGGCAAUUCGAGUUCUGUUAUUUUUAAAA